ACGAUCGUGGUUGUUAUAUUAGGGUUAGUUUCAUCACCUUUGGUGAAGGGAAUGAGGUUCGACAUCAAAACAGGAGCUACAAAAUGCAUAACGGAGGAUAUUCAAUCGUAUUCGUUGUCUGUUGGAAAAUACAGCGUUAUCAAUCCCAAUGAAGAUUAUCCAUUGCCUGAUAGCCAUCGUAUCACAAUCAGGAUAACAUCGCCACUUGGGGCGAAUUGUCACUAUGCGGAUCAAAAAGCUUUUGGUGAAUUUGCAUAUACUGCAAAUGAGGAUGGGGAUUAUAUGGCAUGUUUUUGGGUUGCUAAACAAAAUCCACCUACAACAUUAACUGUUGAAUUUGAAUGGAAAUCUGGUCUAUCUGCAAAAGAUUGGUCUAGAGUUGCUAAAAGAGGACAAAUUGAGAUGAUGGAACUUGACUUGAAGAAAUUGUUUGAUACUGUAAAUCUCAUCCAUGAUGAAAUGUAUUAUCUACGCCGGAGGGAGGAAUCAAUGCAAGUUUUAAUUAGAUCAACAAAUUCAAAAAUGGCGACUUUUAGCUUCUUUUCCCUCAUUGUGUGCUUAGCUGUCGCUUCUAUGCAACUAUGGCAUUUGAAGACAUUUUUUGAGAAGAAGAAGCUUAUUUAG